AUGUCCGCCUACGCGGAUAGCAAGGACUGGGACCCACUGGGUUCCGCCUCACUGUCCAGCGUGAUCUCGUACUCACAGCUGUACAACCAGUUGGUGCAUUACAACAGUGUGGAAACGGCCCAGGUCGAGGGUGACCUGGCUACCGACUGGCAGGUGAGCGCCGAUGGUCUGACCUACACCUUCAACCUGCACGACAACGUGCAGUGGAACGACGGCGAGCCGCUCACCUCCGCCGACGUCGUGUACAGCCUGCUCCGGUACGGCAACCCGUGCAACGCUGCCGGCCGCUCUGGGCUGUGGCGUCAGUACAGCGUGCCUUUGGAGGUGGCCGACCGGGACGGUGGCGACUGCGCACCCACCAACGCCGACGACGUGGUGCGGGCGGUGGACGACCGCACGGUCGAGGUAUCGUUGCGGUUCCCCUCCGGCGCUUUCAUCAAGUUCAUGGCCGUUGACUACGUGAAGAUCUUGCCCAAGCACCUGUUGGAACAGGGGGUGGAUCUGAACCUGUCGGAGAACAUCAUCAAGCACAACUCCGGCUCUGGCCCCUUCGUCCUGGAAUCGUAUUCUUCGGGCAACUCCUAUUUCGUGAAUCGGAACGAAAACUACUUCAAGCCGGGCAAACCCUACUUCGACCGCAUUGAGCACUUCAUCAUCGUCGACACCGCGACCUUGACGGCACAGAUCGAAGGACGCAACAUCGACAUGAUGAACGGGGGCUUUUCCAACCUGACUCCACGCGAAUACCUGGACCUCGAACAGCGGAUGGAAGGCGAAUACGUGAUGCACGAGUUCCCGCCCUCCGGCAACUGGGGCUUCAUGAUGAACGUGAAGCGGGAACCGUUCAACGAUCCGCGAGUCAGGAAGGCCGUUCACCUGGCCCUGGACCGGGACGAGAUCAACCUGACGAUAUGGGACAGCACGGCCGGCAUCGCCUGUCCGCUGGGCGGCAUGGGCCACUCCUUCGAGGAGUGCUACUCCUGGCCCGGCAUCCGUCCCAAGGACAGCCCGGGCGGCCAGGAUGACAUCGCUGAAGCCAAACGGCUCAUGGCGGAAGCGGGCUACCCCGACGGUUUUGAUACCGAGUACACCGCGCGCCAGGCGGCGGGCUACCCCAAGCAGUGCCAGGUGAUCAAGCAGCAACUCGAAGAAACCCUGGGCAUCACCGGCAACAUCGAAACCCUCCCCAGCGCCGCCGGCUACGCCAAGUACGGCACCUCUCGCUCACCUGAUUCCGACGGCGACUGGAAAGUAUCCUGCCAGGGCGAAGGCAUGGUCGUUCUCGACCCCGACGCCCUCUACGGCGGCAUCUACAACAAGGGCGGGACGCGGAACUACACCGACUGGACCAACCCGUUGGUCGAGGAGUGGUUCGAAGCCCAGAAAGUGGAACAGGACCCGGACGCCCGCCGGGAGAUCAACAAAGAAGCCGAACUGUGGUUGGCCGAUUUCUCCGACAACCACUGGGUCAACCUGGGCUGGAACCGGUUCUUCUGGAUCGUCCACCGCGACAUCAAGGGGUUCCAUCCGCCCACCACCGUGCAAUACUUCUUCAAGUAUGAAGACUAUUGGCUGGACCGUUAG